CAUUUUUUAUGUUAUCAAAAUGAUAAGUAUAGCAUAGGUCUAAUUGUUGCAAAAACUGUAAAAAAAUGUUAUAGAAGUGUAAUUAUUACCAAAAACAUAGCAAAUUAUACUAUAAUUUUAUUUAUUAAGAAAUAUGCAACAGUAAUUUCCUUAAUUUUAAUUGAAAUGUGUUCAUGGAGAAAUAAUGAAAGUGAAUUGCGUAUAUUUACUAUUUAUUAUUGUGAGUGCACGAAUCAGUCAAUGUACACGUAUAAAGGGAAAGUUCAAAACAGAUGAAUUCUUUAAAUUUCUAAUUAAAUUUGGGUUUCAAAAAACUGAUAGACAUGAAAAAGAUAUUACCCAUGGAUUUAUUUUUGGAAAUAUCACUUCUAAUCAGCAUUUUCCCAUGCCAGUCACAUUAUCUGUUUUGGAUAAGUAUUAUUUUAAAAAUUAUUAUGAAAAUAGAGUCAUUUUUGACAGAAAAGAGGCAUGCAAACGAAUGUUUAACAAACUGAAAACUAAAGCAUUUCAUCCUAAAUGUAGUCCUAAAGGUAACGACUUUUUGAGAAAAGUACCAUGUCCUACUGGACAACUCUGUGUAGAUGAAGAUUUACCAUCAGGGGUCAUAAGAGGUCAUCAAUUUACUUAUGUUAUAGAAGACUUGAUUGAACCCUCCUUCUGGUUUUUAUCAUUAGUUGCAUGUUAUCAAAAUGAAACAACUUGUGAAUGGGAGGACUUUUCUAGAAAAGAUUUGCACUAUGAACUGGAAUAUGAUAUUUGGUUGGUUAAUGGAAAUCCCAAUUUUUCUUCAAUAAAUGAUCUGACAUAUCAAUUUUCAUUUGAUCAUCAAAAUACAAUAGAAUUUUACAUAUUAUUUUGGUUGGUCUACAUGGUAUUAGUUCCCCUUCAGUUGUAUGCUGUUCGCAUUCAAAAACACCCUGUUACUAGACUUUUCACUGCAAGUCUUUUGUUAGAUUUUAUAGCACUUUGUUUAAUACUUGUCGACAAACUGAAAUUUGCUCUAGAUGGAGUUGGAUUUCCCAAAGUCUGCAUGGCUGGGGAUAUCUUUGACAUAUUCUCUAGGACAUUGUUUAUGCUCUUGCUAUUGCUGUUAGCAAAAGGUUGGGCUGUCACACGUUUAGAGUUGACCUGGAAACCUCUUGUUUUUGCUGUUUGGAUAUGUUAUGGUAUUGUGCAUAUUUUAUUGUAUGUUUGGAACUUGACAGAAGUUGAUGUUAUAGAAGAUAUUGAUGAAUAUCAGACAUGGCCUGGCUGGCUUAUGAUCGUAUUUAGAACCCUCAUUAUGUUCUGGUUUUUAUAUGAACUUAGGACAACAAUGCUUUAUGAGCAUAACAUGAAGAAGCUCAAUUUUCUGCUCCAUUUUGGCGCUUCAAGUCUUGUAUGGUUCAUAUACUUACCUAUUUUGGCUGUCAUAGCUCUACAUAUUUCUGCCUUGUGGAGAUAUAAGUUAAUUAUCGGAAUAACUUAUUCUGCAGAUUGUUUUGCAUACUGUGUAAUGGCCCAUUUAUUGUGGCCAACAAGGUCAGAGCAAUAUUUUCUGUUAGCAGGAGCCUCUUCAUCUGAACUGGAAGAACUAGAUCAGUUCAAUGAAGCCCCGCACGUUCUAAAUAGUUCAUAUACCUCUUUGAGCAGUAUGAGUUCGCUAGAUAUAUGCCGUUUUGAUGAGCCAAUAAAAAACAAAGUCAAUACGUAAAAGUGAAAAGAAUUGGUUAAAAUUUUACUUGCAAUAAUACUGAUACAGCAAUGCUUUUACAUCUUCAGUAUUUGACUGAUUUUUGUAUCUUUUAUAAAUUGUAAACACAGCUGUUAUAGAUUUUAAUUUAAUUUGUAA